GUCCGGGCGCGGUCAGGUCCGGGGCGGGGUCUGCGGCUCCUGCGUCUCACUUCCGCCCGACGCGCGCGGGCGGAUGGAGGCGGCGCGGAGGCCGCCCUGGAGGCUGAGCCGUCGGAGGCCGCGCUCGGGGGACGGGUGAGGCCGGGAUGCGCGGGUGGACCGGGCUGGGCGGCGGCGAGCUGGCUCCUUCUCGCCCGCACGUGCUUCCCCGAGCGGCCUCUGGCGCGGGCUUCUUGGCCCUCCCCACUCGCCCGCCGACCUCGCUCCCCGACCCUCAGCUUCCACACGCAGACGCCUCCGCUGACCUCCACUGUGCCCCCAGGCCUCCCAGUGGCUGCCCCUGGUAUCUCCUGGCGGGCAGCGAGAGCCAGCCCUGGGCCUUGCUACUGCGCAUCGCGAACUCCGACCAGGCCCCGGACGGGGAGCCGCUGCCACCCCUUCCCACUUUCCCCAGCCAGGAACCUGGGCCCGAAGCCGAGCAUAUCUUGCCCCCUGAGACCUUCACCGUUGGACCCAAGGCCUUUUCUUGGACACCCUUACCACCUGCCCUGGGGGGCCUGGGCUGCUUCUACCAGGAUGGGUGUCACCAGGGGUCCCCCACUGGGUCCCUGAAAGGACACCCUGAGCCUGAUCCUUGUGGGGCCCCCAGCACCAAGGAGCAGCUGUCUGUGGAGGGGCCCCCAGCCCUGCAGAACUGUCCAAUGUGCCAGAAGGAGUUCAGCCCCAGGCUGACCCAGCUGGACGUGGACAGCCACCUGGCACAGUGCUUGGCAGAAAGCACGGAUGAUGUGGCGUGGUGAACCACCGGUGUCCAGAGCAGAGCUGCCGAGAGGGGCCUGGCCCUGCUGCCCCCCGGCCCUUCUCCCCUCUGCUCCUGAACGUGCACAUUAAAGUCGGGGUGUGGGGUUACUCCAGCCUCUCGUGCUGAGG